AUGGCAGGGUGCGAGUCGAUGUCUGAGGACAGCGACGGGGAGGAGCUGCCCACCUUAGCCUCCCUCCUACAGCCACCGCCCGGCCAGCUGGACCUCCGGCGUUCCCUAUCUCCUGCUUCCAAGGAGGUGAGGGCGGCAGAAGCAUUCGUAAUGGUAAGCAGUGGAAGCGAAGAGGAGGAGGAGGUAGAUGGUGGUGGACAGGUUCUUAAUGCUUUGCAGGCUGCAAAUUAUUCCUGUGUGAUUGGAAAUCAAGCCAUUCCCUGCAGCAUCACCUGGCGAAGAAAGACUGUAUCAUCUCAGGUGGGAGAAGGAGAUGAAUGGACAGAAGAACCAAAUGUCCUGGUUCUGCACCGCUUGGAGGAGUUUUUGUCCAUGGAGGCUCAGGGCUUCGCAGAAGGACAGAAGGAGACCCUGCAGAGCUAUGUUGCUCAUGUGAUGGAUAAAAUUCCUGGGAAAAUUCUGGCACUAGCAGUAGUUGGAGUAGAAAAUUAUUUCAGGUCCCUCAGAGUUCAGUCAAAAAAGAGACUGCAGCAGGCAGCUGCAAGUGGAAACCAAGAAGUGGAACAGGGAAAGAAAAGAAAAAGGAAAGUUAAGGAUUCUGGCCUGGAGAUAACAAGAAUGGAUGUGGAAGAAGCCUUGGUGGAUCUGCAGCUGAACAAACAGGUCCAAAUUACCUUUUUUGAGAGCUGGGAGGAGCUUGGAGAAUUUGCCACUAUGUUCACAAAAGCUGUAGCUGAAGCACCGUUCAAGCGAGAGAGAGCAAAGACAGGGUUCUCUUUCUACUUAGAGAAGAAGUGCUGUGGAGAGGUUAAGGUGGAUCGUUCUGGAAAGGGUCUGUUGGAAGUGUGGAAGAGACAGAUACAGCAAUUUAACCGUGUGAGCCUCGAGAUGGCUGAGGCCAUUGUGUCUGCAUACCCUUCUCCUCAGCUUCUGACCCAGGCCUACAGCAGGUGCUCCUCCGAGCAGGAGCGGGAAAACAUGCUGGCUAACAUCCCCGUGUGCCGCGGGGACGGCGUGACAGCCACCUCCCGGCGGGUCGGACCAGACCUCUCCCGACGGAUCUAUCUGCAGAUGACUUCCCACAAUCCUGAUAUCUACUUGGAUUUCAGUGGGUAGCCCCAAGGGAUGAGA